AUCAAUUUCUUUUUCCCAAACGUUUGUUUAAUUAGCAGUUAGCAAGUACUCCACUAUUUUUUACUUACUAACUAUAAUAAUAUAAUAAUAAUAAUAAUUACCUCCCUCCCCCUCCAAAAACACACACACAGACACACACACACAAAUAAUUACCGUGAUAAUAAUAUUUACAGCGACGGAUCAACGGAGCUUCGAUCAAACUCCAGAAUUAGUGUUAGGAAUAUUAGGUAUAGGAAUAGAAUGGAAACGUCAUCAUCGUUAUCGUCGUCAUCCGUUACGGCUUCGGUUCGAGGUUCUUCGGCAAGCACAAGUAGUAAUUCCACUAGUAGUAGUAGUAGUAUUGAAGAUAAUCUCUAUGAUGUUUUUAGAAGAAACAAUAACAACGUCAACAAUAGCCGUUUCUCGACUUCUAGAUUUUUUCGAUCACCUGUGUCGACAUUUCUAGACUAUAUUGGCGUAUUGCAGCCUGCUACGACUCGUUCCCAGUCAUCAGAUAGUUUGAAUAAUGGUGGAAGGAUACGGAAUGAUGAUGAUUCUGGGGAGUUGUCCUCGAUUAGGAUUGUUGGUAGUGGAGAAGAACAUAAUGAGACGGUUAGGCAGAGUGAAACGUUGGUGCAGUCGUUAUCUAGAACGGUUUCUGCAAUGGCGCUGGAUAAUCAAGGAGAGUCGAGAAGUGGUUUAAGUAGUAUUAGAGGUAGUUCGGAUACGGUUGGUAGUGGGAGUGUUGAUGUGGAAGCGGGUGCUGCUGCAGACGGUGUUAAUAAUAUCAAUAAUAAUAAUAAUAAUAAUAGUCCUUAUCAGAGAUAUGAUAUACAACAGGCCGCUCGGUGGGCUGAGCAGAUUCUUCCGUUCUCUUUUUUACUACUGGUCGUCUUCAUUCGCCAACAUUUACAAGGGAUUACAGGUUUCUUUGUGACAUUCUAUAUUGCUGCUUUUUUGUUCAAGUCCAAUGAUAUUCUUCGUCAUCAGACUUCUCUUAAGGGAGAGAGGAAGGUUUCAGUUCUUGUCAGUCUUUCUUUUGUGUUUACGCUUCAUGUGGCAUGGGUAUAUUGGUGGUGUCAGAAGGAUGAAGUACUGAACCCAUUAGUCAUGCUCCCUCCUACAACUAUACCUCCUUUCUGGCAUGCAAUUUUCAUAAUAAUGGUGAAUGAUACUAUGGCAAGGCAAGCAGCAAUGGUGCUCAAGUGUUUUCUUUUAAUGUAUUACAAGAAUAACAGAGGUCGAAAUCGUCGAAAACAGGGUCAAAUGCUGACUUUAGUGGAGUACUUAUUUCUGUUAUACCGUGCUUUGCUGCCUGCUCCAGUGUGGUAUCGGUUCUUUUUGAACAAAGAAUAUGGAAGUCUAUUUUCGUCUUUAAUGACUGGAUUGUAUCUUACAUUUAAGCUGACUUCUGUUGUCGAGAAGGUCCAGUCAUUCAUUUCUGCAAUUAAUGCAUUGUCACGUAAAGAGAUUCAUUAUGGAGUUUAUGCAACGUCUGAACAGGUAAAUGCAGUUGGUGACCUUUGUGCUAUAUGCCAAGAAAAAAUGCAUGCUCCAGUCGUGCUUCGUUGUAAACACGUCUUCUGUGAAGAAUGUGUAUCAGAGUGGUUUGAAAGGGAAAGGACAUGCCCGUUGUGCAGAUCAUUGGUGAGACCUGCAGAUCUGAGAUCGUUUGGUGAUGGAUCUACUAGUCUAUAUUUUCAGCUGUUUUGAAUUUUGAAGCCCAAAUGUUACAACACUCAAGCAGCUUGUUAAUAUUAUAUUUUCUAGAGUUAUAUGAAAUUUUGCUGCUGCAUAUUCUUGUGAGUUUGGUAGAUGUGUUAGGAUUGCGUGUUCAUAUGAUGCAUCAAAAGGUUUUUACGAGGUACUAUGUAAUGCAUUCGCUAAAUAUUUAGCAAUAACUUGUAUAUGGUCACAUUGCCUUCACAAAACUUUUCUUGAAA